AUGGAUGAAACAAGGCGCCCAUUGUGGGCAGUUAAGGAGCGACUGCAAAAAGAGGCCCAAGAGAAAAGGUCCGUCAUUAGGGCCAGAAGAGAGGAGGCCACCCAGCCCCCGGCCCCACCCCGCCUGGUCCGGGCCCGGCUGUUCCCCGCUCUCGGGGAGGCCGGGCCCGGGCCCCAAGCGGGAAAACAGCGGCCCCCUCGGCCUAAAAAACAGGGCCCACUGAAGCCCCUCAUGGGGCGGAGCGAACCCAAGGGGGCGCUGCCGCUCCUGCCGGGCCUGCCUGUACCGGUGGCGCCCUCAGGCGGGGCCAGGGCCGGGCCUCCAAGAAGGCGGCAGCCGCGCCGGCAGGAAGGGCCCCUGGGUCAACUGGCGAGGAGGGAGCCGGAGGGGGCGCUGCCCGCCCUCGACCUGCCCCCUCCCGCCCCGGAGGCCCCUCCUCGCCAGGAUCCCGACAACAUCUGGGUCCCCCAGGGGCGCCUCCUGCCUGACAUCCGGCUGCCCUUCCCCGCGCCUCCCCCGCCCUGGGCGCCGCUCAACAUGCUCGCCAGGAGAUACGGGUGAAUGGAUCAUAGAAUCCCGAAAACAUCGAAAGCCCCGCUUUUAUUUUCAUAGG